AUGAAACGGCAGAACGUGAGGACCCUCGCCCUCGUGGUAUGUACCUUCACGUACCUUCUGGUCGGGGCCGCCGUGUUCGACGCCCUCGAGUCCAACACCGAGCGCAAGCGAUGGGACUUUCUCUCCGAGGUGCGGCGGAACAUGAUGAGAAAGUACAACAUCUCGUGGGAGGAUUACCGGAUGGUCGAGGUCGUUAUAACGGAAAACAAGCCGCACAAGGCGGGCCCCCAGUGGAAGUUCACGGGGGCCUUUUACUUCGCCACCGUCGUACUGGCGAUGAUUGGGUACGGUCACUCGACGCCGGUAACAAAAGCCGGCAAGGCCUUCUGCAUGGGCUACGCGAUGAUCGGCAUCCCCCUGGGCCUGAUAAUGUUCCAGAGCAUCGGCGAGCGGCUGAACAAGUUCGCCUCGGUGGUGAUACGCCGUAUAAAAACGUACCUAAAGUGCCAGAGGCCCGAAGCCACGGAGAUGAACCUCAUGCUCGCCACCGGUUUGUUGUCCAGCAUCAUCAUCACCACCGGGGCCGCCGUGUUCUCCCGUUACGAGGGCUGGAGCUACUUUGACAGCUUCUACUACUGCUUCGUCACCCUGACCACCAUCGGCUUCGGGGAUUACGUGGCCCUUCAGAACGACCAAGCUCUGUCGAAAAAGCCGGGCUACGUGGCCCUGAGCCUCGUCUUCAUCCUCUUUGGGCUGGCCGUGGUGGCCGCCAGCAUAAACCUGCUCGUCCUCCGGUUCAUGACGAUGCAACAAACCGAGGAGAUUCGUCGGGACGACGAGCUGCAGUCUGCCUCGCACCACGUGCUCACCCUUGACGGCGAGGUGGUGGCGGUGAACGGAAAAAUCCUGGCCGGCCACGUGCCCUCGGGCUGCAACGACGUGGACGACGAUUGCGUGUCCGUGUGCUCGUGCACGUGCCUCGGGACGAACAACAGCGAGCUCCUGCAGGGGAGCAACGAGUGCCGCCACCCGUGCGGGAGCGGGAGUUAUCGUUGCUACCAGCCCCACUCGAUCGCCACGAGUUUGCACGUGAAGCGCGCGUCCGUCUGAUGGAAGGAGUUCCGGCGAACGCGCAGCCUGCGCCGGCGGCUCUCCCGGGUGGGUGGCCGCGAGCUACUCGGCAUCGACGUCUAGGAGCUUGUACCGGCUUCGCCACGGCGAGGGUUUCCUCUCCCCCCCCCCCGAUAACGAGGGUAUAUUUAUGAUGGCCGCAUGUGUACAAUGGGGUGCAGGUUAUCGUGAUGGUCACACGUGUACAAAUGGAGGAGGGACACGGAAAACUUUUUUCGUUUUUUCAUUGGUUUCCCGCGUUCGCGGCAUCGGAACUUGGGAGGAUUUUCCAUUUCUUUCCUGCAUCGAGAUCAAUAUAACUACGUGAUUUCGCUCAACAUAUAUGAUAUAUAUGUAUAUCUGUACGCUAUAUGAAUACAUAAGGAUGUUGUGCGAUUGUUUUGUUUUGUUUUUUUUUUUUUUCUUUUUAUUUUCGUGAUUAUUGAAUACAUAAUAUGUACAUUAUACAGGAAGGUUUUAGAUACGUUUAAGAGUGUAUUGUAUAUAAUAUUAUCAUAAAUAGGUUGUACUUACUUGUUGUUAUAUAGUACGGCGAAACUCUAAGGACAAAUGGAUAUUUUCCCGCGAAAUAGGUCUAUAGAGAGAGCUCUGUUUAGUGCAGGUUGUCGUUGUUAUAUCGUUGUUAUAUGUCUUAUAGAUAUUAUCAUACAGGACGACGACGGCGUUUACACGUUUAAUAAAAUCAUUAGCCGUGAAUUCGCAGUGCGAGUAAUAAGUAAUAAUUGAUACACUAUGUACAUGUAUCAUGUGUAGUUAGAUAAUUAACGACCCAAAGUGUCUAACAGAGUUCGAUCAAUGUGCUAAAUUUAAAUACAUUAUUAUUAUUAUUAUUAUUAUUAUUAUUAUUAUUAUUAUUAUUAACGAGCACGUUGUUGAUUUUCCAACUAUGUAUUAUAUUGUUCGUAAUGUCAAUGUAGUUGUUUGUGUUUUCAAUUAAUUAAAUUAUUGCGUGUUUUAGUACCCAUUAUUAGGAAAACGAAGGGAACGUUUUGAAGGCAAAAAUUAUUUUAUUUCAAUCGACGAGUGCAUCUUUUCGAAAUAAAAAUGACCAACAUAUAUAUUUUCUUAAAAUUGGAGGUAUGUAACUUUUAACCACCACUAGUUGAAAAGAGAGACAAAAAUUAGGAGAAAAGUUAUAGCACGUAUCGUAUACAUGAGGGAAAUAUGAAUGUACAAAUUAAAAAGUGUAUAAAAAUUAGAAACGACGCACAAAAAAUGUCACAAAGAAGGUAAAGAACUUAGUAUUACUUUGACAUGUUAUUUAAAUUACUUGAACAAAGUAUGAGAAGAUA